GAACAGAGAACAGCACCUGAACUAUGAGCCAUUAGGCUGCUUUAAUUCACAGGAAAUGAAGCCGCUCCUUGUGCAGGAAUGUGAUUGAGCAGGUUGAGGUGGCUGUCAGGAAUACUUCAGCAAGCGCCUCAUGUACUGUAAACACAAUGACACAGACGGAAAGGUGCUUUCUGGUCUGACACAAGCUUUAGCCUUUUAAUCAGGUUCCGCCGGGUUUUUCUGCUCCUUAUCAUCAGUAUCUUUCCUGGUGGGAGCUGCCAAUGUGUCACUGAGGUGUCAGCAGGUUCACCAGGCAGGGAGGGGCAUGAUGGGCCACUCGAACCACACGACACCCCACAUCUCGCCACCGCAGCCCCAAGCCGGUUUCCACGGUUACUACGGCCUCAUCGCCGCGGCGCUGCUCGUCGCAGCGGGAUGCGCGGCGCUGGCGGUUGUUUGUUUCAGACGAAGGUCCAGGUCAGAUGAACUGCGCCACAGGCUGAUUCCCGUCUACAGCUACGACCCCGCAGAGGUAGAGGACGACUGGGGGGAGGAGGACCACCUGACUACACCUUCAUACAACAAAGGAACUCUGUCCUUAUCGGCCUAUGGAAUAUGAAGAAGGACACAAGACGACGGAGAUAAAAGAACAAUGUGAACAUACUGAAGGGGCAUCCACUGGUUUCUGGCCUCCAUUAUGUUGUCCACUGACCCGGUUCUUCCAGCUCCAGCCCUGCAACCUCCUAAGCAGCACCAGGUCCAGAGGCUUCUACGGUGCCGCCCACCUCCUGUCUGCUCAGGGA